ACAGCAGAAAGAACCAGAAACGACAACAGUAGCAUCCCUUACAACCAGGGUUUGACAAAUGAGUAGCAAAGCUAACAGCUAUCACACCCGCAUAUUUAAUUACGGACAGGGUUGGCUUGUUUAAGCCCUUAAUGUCAAUACCUUUUUAACUAAAGCGAGGUGGUUGUCCCAAUACCCCCGUUGACAAUGACGAACUACAAGGCUUUUCAUACUCAGUUGUCGUCCAUCAUGGAGGCAUUGACUAAAGCGGCAAUGGCAGAGAUUUGUGAGCUCGUAGAUGAUAGUUACGCGAUUUUGCAAUUGGAAAUAUCUCGGAGUCACAAAGAGAACGAAGCUUUGAGAAGGAAACUCGAGUUGAUCGAGACAGUUAUCGUUCGUGGGCACAACAAAAACAUAGCUUCUUUGGGCAACCUGCAAGAAAUAGGUGCAUUGAUGUGCGAUGAACGUGCCUUUUUAUCAGGAUUGGGUGGAAAGCAGCCUAUUGGUAGUUUAAGAAGAGUUGGCAAGACAACUACUUUGAGAGAAUCACUAGAAGAGCAGGUUUCUGAAAAGUCUGGAACCAAUCAGGUCAUUUUCCAGUCACCAGAGGAAGAGACGGCCUCUGACAUAGUUCUGAUAAAGGAGGAGAAGCAAGCAGACCACUUGAGUAGUAAUGAUCCUGAGGACCAACUGUUAAUCAACGAGGAGGGCAUGGAGGUGUUUGGAGAGGAUGACUGUCAAGAAGGACCUUCCAGGCUGAUGGCUUCAGUCGCCAUGCCAACAAAGCUGACCCACUGGGACCAGAGUGCAGAGGAGCCCAGCCCCCCUCAUUCUGAACAAGAGGACUCCCAGCAUUCCUCCACAUCCAGGUAUGGGCCUGGGACUGCAAAACAGAAGACCCUGAGCGUUCGUUAUAAACCCAAAGAGACUCCGAGUGAACCGGGCUCCUCCAGUCCAACAGGGGGCGAUGAAAGUGAGACCGGCGAGCAGGUUUUCGAUUUAGUUUCCGAGUCGGACUCCGAGGUCACUGCUGGGCAGUCUACAAGGAAGCUCUUCGAGUCGAGCGGUAGUCCCAGCUCUCUCGCGGGGGGUUUUGAACCGAAAAGAGGCGUUUCCAUGCUUAGCUCUCUGCCGUAUGAUGUGGAGCUGGAGAUGUGCUCUUCCUGGAGUAACCAGGGCUUGCCAGGGAUGGUAUCCAUGCAGCAUGCACAAUAUAAACCCGACCAAAGAGGACUACACCCGGACAAGGUCUCUGACCUGACAUCCACCAACUAUCAAAUGAACUUGGGUCUCGGCUCGUCUUCCAAGGUCGAACAGCUGGACAUGAGCAAGUUCAGCAGGGACAAGCGGUUUAUUUGCAACUUUUGCGGGAAAUGUUUCACCUCAUCGCGAAGCCUGGAAACGCACGUCCGCGUUCACACAGGAGAGAGACCGUACAGCUGUGCCCAGUGUGGGAAGAGGUUCACCCAGUCUGGACACCUCAAAACGCACCAGAGCGUACACACUGGGGAACGGCCUUUUGCCUGUGAGCACUGCGGGAAAAGAUUCGCAGGCAAACAAAACUUGAGGAUACACCAACAGAAACACCACACUAACGCGUAGGGCUUUAACCCUUGUGCUGCCUUCGGGUCACAUGACCCAAAGGUUGACAACGAACCAUCGUUGUGAUUACCCAAUUUUACCCAAUAUAAAAACAAAUAAAAAUGUUUUUCUUUUAACCUUCGCAAUGUGGGGGGUCAGAGACAGCCCGACGGUUAAAAGAAAAUGCUUUAUUUUGUUUUUGUAUGCGGUAAAGUUGUCGCGAUACGACGGUGGGUCACAUUGACUGAUGGGUCAGAAUGACACAAAGAUAACACAAGGGUUUUAAACCAUAGAUCAAGUAAGCUGCUGAAAGGAUCGUCGUAGUCGUUGAUCAUUUAAGCGGUGAACUGUAGCACUGAUACCAUGUUACUGUAUCUAAUUUUUAUAGAUUUGUGUGCAUUUGGCUUUUGUGUGCAUUGGCCGUACGUUGUUUAACUUGUCCAUCACUGGCAAAGAGGCCUGGCUGAACACGUGUGUACCCUGAAAGAACGGAUGGUUGAAUUAAUUGAAUCACAAUAACUUGUUAUGCCUUAUCCUGUUAAAUCUAUUAUAUUACCUUUUUAGGUGGUUGAAUUACAAAUACAAUGUUUAGUGUUAACUGACAUAAAACAACUGUUACCUCUAAUGUGGGCCAUAUAUGGACCUCUAUUACUAUUGAUUGGUUCUUGCUAUCUAGAAAGACUAAAUGCUCUCUAUAAUGAGUUGUACAUCUCUUAAAUAGCAUGCAACUGUUAAUUAUUUGGUGUAUAGGUCAGCAAUAGCUAACAUUAAACUGUGUGCAACUGGUCUGAAACUAUAGACUUGUUCUCAUUGCCUUUCUUAUUAUCUUUGGGAACAGUUUGUACAAGGAAGCACUGAGACUGCCAAUCCAAACACCAUCGAGUACAAAGCAUAAAAGCGAAUUUAACAAUACAUUAAUUGUAGGGAGACGGUACAUAUUGCAUUUUACAUUAUACACAUUACCAUUACAAAGUAUUUAGAGGUGUAUGACAUAUUCCUUAUUAGGCAUUUGAACUCAAAUGUAAAGAAACACGAAAUCAAUGUUUCAGGAAUGAACUUUUAUUUUGAAACAAUAUGGAAAAAGGAAGUCGAAUAAUUCGGAUCGGUGAAUGCAGCUUACCCCGACGUCUGUCCGCCAGCAGAAAACAGAUCGCCGUUUGAAAAGCACAACCGCAGUAGUGUCUGUAAUGUCGAUUAAACUUAAAUCGCACCGGGAAAUUAACGAAAUGGCCAUGCACAUGCCGAAUUCAAAGGCUAUGCACGAUCAAUUGGCGAUUAUUAUGGGGGCGUUGACCAAAGCAGCUGUAGCAGAGAUCUGUGAAAUCGUCGACGAAGGUUAUGCUGUUCUGCAUUUAGAAAUAUCAAAGAGAUAUAAGGAAAACGAGGACCUCAAGAAAAAGCUGCAUUUGAUCGAAUCUAUUAUUGCGCGUGGCAACGCGUCCUCUCAAGCUCCAAAUGUAGCUAGCACAGACGCGGUGUCCUUAUCGCGAGAUGGUACCUGCACUAAACAUCGACAGAAUAACAACGGGGAAAACGUCAACGAUGUUGGGAAAACAACUCCUAGAGAUGGGUACUUAAUGGAGCGAGAAGAGUUUCCCGAUGUGGUGCUCAUCAAAGAUGAAGAUUCAGAUAAUGAGGACAACAAGGACGGUGCCAAAGUUACUAAAGCCCAGGCACAGUCCAUUACAGGAGGCAGGGAGGAAAGCAGCCCAGGACAGUUCAGAAACAAGAUAAGAAACUGGCCAGGAAACGACAUUGAAGCAAACCUGCAGUUGGACCUGAGGAAGAAGACGUCAAAACAGACUUUCAAACGCUCCGCACCCAAAAUAAAUUCCGGCAACAGGAAGACCAUGAGCUCUCCAUUCACACUGUGUGCAGCUUCCAAUGAGCCUGGUUGUUCUGGGCAGUUAGAGGGCGACGAGAUGGCAAUAGCAGAGUCCAGUCAGUCCUAUUCCUCUGACACGGCCACGGAGGGCCUAUUGGUUCACCCAGACCACCCGGACUGCUCACCAGUGUCAGAUAUUAACACCAAUAGUCAGGUGUACUUUGAUACUCAGGGCGAGGCCAUGAUUGACUCUGAGCCUCAUAAACUAGAGCUGGACCUAUGCUCGCCAUGGCCCAAACCGAGGAAUAAUGAUUCGGAUUUUACUCGUUUCCAUCCAAGUGAAAACGAUGAGCACGAGGCUUUUGGACUGAAGCUUAUAAGCGUGUCAGGGGCUACUACCACUCACUGUCCACUUUCCUCUGAAAUCAACACCUCCAUGGACUUUGACGGGUCUGACCUGAUGGCCUUCACGGUCUACGACGAACAGUCCAGCCGGCUGCAACACGGAGAAGUGCAGCCGGGCGCUAACGGUAAAGGGAGGCGUUUCAUCUGCCGACUUUGCAACAAACACUUUGCCACUUCCCAGAACCUGGAGGUUCACAUGCGGAUUCACACGGGAGAGCGCCCUUUCAGCUGUGCCCAGUGUGGGAAGAGGUUCACCCAGUCUGCCCAUCUCAAGUCACACUUGAACAUUCACACGGGAGAGCGUCCACACGCGUGUGAAAUCUGUGGGAAGAGUUUCAUCGUGAAAUAUAGUAUGAAGUUACAUAUGAAGAAAUGCCACUCUAAUGUGUAAAGCUUAAACUGUCAUCCAUAAACCAGUUCAAUCUCAUUACGAACUUGUGGUUAUCAUUCAAAAGCUUGUCUGUAAUAUUGAUGUUUAUUAUAUCUACUUUUGAUACAUUUGAUGUUUCAUCUAAGUGGAGGUUCAUUUUCAUCGUACUGUGGUAUGAUUAUGAAAUGUUUUUCUAAUCCUACCCUAUAGUAGAACAUAUAUUAUAGUUAACAAAGUAUGACAAUUAGAGACCAAGUUAAACUGUUUGACUCUAACAUUAGUGCAUUAAUGUUUUGUUUUUUUAUACAAUUAUAAAUGUAGCUGAUUUAAUUUGUGACUGUUAUUCAUCACAGCAGUUUCUUCUGCAAUAGUUGUAUUUAGAUUAAACAAUAAUCUUAUGAAUGUUCUUUGUCGAA